AUGACGGGCUUUAAGACCCAGCGGCUGACUGCAGCCCAGACAAUAGAAAUAUCAUGGCUGGUUUUACCUGAGAGCUUCGCGGAGCCGCUUCUUUAACCGUAAUAAAUGGUGUAACCGAACCGAACCCAUGCUGCGGAGCCAGUGAUCGGACCGGACCCGCUCAGCCGCUGAUGGAGCACAUCCGACUACCGAAGGUGGAGAAUGUCCGGCUACUGAACAGAGUGUCCCCCAAAAGGAGCAGGGUGGGCACCCUCUACCUGACGGCCACCCACAGCAUCUUCGUGGAGAGCGAGGCGGGAGGCCGCAGUGAAACAUGGGUGCUUCACAGUUUGGUGUGCAGCGUGGACAAACAGGCUGCCAGCGCCUCGGGGUGUCCUCUGCUCAUCCGCUGCAAGAACUUCCAGAUUCUUCACUUCAGCAUUCCUAGAGAGCAGGACUGUCAGGACGUCCACCUGUCCCUGCAGCGGCUCUCCCAGCCCCAGCGUUACGAGGAACUGUACUGCUUCUCCUACAAGCCCAACGUCGACGAGGAGGAGAGGCGGCGGGACUGGGCCUUCGUUGACCUCAAGGCCGACUUCAGCCGAAUGGGACUCCCAAACGCCCAGUGGAAACUCUCCCCGGUCAACCAACAAUAUAAGGUGAGCGACACUUACCCCGCCGAGCUCUUUGUACCCGACUCCGCCGCGCCGCCGGUGCUGGUGGGCAGCUCCAAGUUCAGAAGCAGAGGCCGGUUCCCCGCCCUGUCCUAUUACUCCAAAGAAAACCAUGCUGCCAUCUGCCGCAGCAGCCAGCCCCUGUCGGGUUUCAGCGCUCGCUGCCUGGAGGACGAGCAGAUGCUGGAGGCCAUCUUGAGGUCCAAUCCCCGCAGCGACUUCAUGUAUGUGGUGGACACCAGGCCCAAGUUGAACGCGAUUGCCAACAGGGCGGCAGGGAAAGGCUACGAGAACGAAGACAACUACUCCAACAUAAAAUUCCAGUUCAUGGGCAUCGAGAACAUCCACGUCAUGAGGAACAGCCAGCAGAAAAUGCUGGAAGUGUGUGAGCUUCGUUCUCCCUCCAUGUCCGACUUCCUGGAGGGCUUGGAGAGCUCAGGCUGGCUGAAGCACAUCAAAGCUGUUUUGGAUACCGGCGUCUUCAUCGCUAAGGCUGUUGCAGAAGGCAUCAGUGUCCUGGUCCACUGUUCAGACGGGUGGGACCGCACGGCCCAGGUGUGUUCAGUGGCCUGUGUGCUGCUGGAUCCCUACUACAGGACCCUGAAAGGACUCAUGGUCCUCAUUGAAAAAGACUGGGUCUCAUUUGGACACAAGUUCACUCAAAGAUGCAACCACUUGGCUGGAGACCCCAAAGAGGUGUCUCCGAUCGUUGAUCAGUUCCUGGAGUGCGUGUGGCAGCUGAUGGAGCAGUUCCCCUGUGCCUUCGAGUACAACGAGAAUCUCCUGAUCACGGUUCACAGCCACAUCUACUCCUGCCAGUUCGGGAACUUCAUCGGCAACAACCAGCAGGAGAGGAGAGAGCUCCGUGUACAUGAAAAGACUCACUCUUUGUGGAGUUACCUUUGGACGAACCGCGCAGAGUUCAUCAACCCGCUGUACAGACAGAACCACAGCCAGUCUCAAGGACUCCUGCGACCGUCUACCGCCCCCUACUGCUUUAAAUUCUGGAGAGGGCUGUACAACCGGUUUGACCGCGGGAUGCACCCACGACAGUCGGUGGAGGAUUAUCUGAGGGUCAUCCGAGAGGAGACGCAGCAGCUGGAGGAGCAGCUGGAUUCCCACAAGCAGAAAAUAGCCGAGCUGAAGCAGGAGCAGGGAUGGAGCGAUGCCCACAGAGCUGCCGCGUUUGAUCAGAGCUCAACGGCGCGGGCUCUGGGGAAGAACCUCGCUCUGGCCAACACUCCUCAAGACUACACCGGCAGCCUCCUGGCCAGCACUCCCGGAGCGGUGGACGGCCUGCUGGUCCUCGCACCGCAGGAUCCCGACCAGACGGCGGACCCCAACCUCUCCAACGGCAGCGACCCGGAGUCUGGGAUCGCAGACGUGAGCUGCCGCUCCCCCCUCAGCGAGGACAGCGCCAGGGACCCGGACCCGGACUCGGACGAGGCGGCCUACUCGGCCGCCUGAGCAAAAACGCAGCAGACGCCACCGGGGUUUGAAAACGUCACUCUGACAAACGGCCGCGUGUCCAACUUUUGUUUUUAGUUUACAGUGAUUUGGAGCAACUCCUGAUUUCCUACAAUCCCGAAGCUGUAGCUGACUCUCGUUUUUCAUAGUCUGCAGAAAAUGAAAAGUACGUCGCUGAAUAUUCCUAAGCUGUCUAAUCCGAUCUUCCAGGAAGGCGUAAUAAUUAAGAUUGACUUACAGAGAAUAAAGGAAGCCAUAUGAACGUCCAUGUCUGUUUGUAGAAUGUGAUCUUUCAGGAAGUUUUAGCUACAGACCGAUUAAAAGUCACAUUACAACUGCAAACUUCAGUGCAUUUAAGUUUGGGCUUCAAAGUGGAAGAUUUUUGUUGUUGUUGUUGUUGUUGUUGUUUUGUUUACAGACUGAAAUAUUUGCCUAAACUUUUUUUUUUUUUUUUUUUUUUAAGUAGCUCAAGCGUAGUCAGGUUGAAUGAAGUCAGCGUCUGUGAAUGAAAACGUCCCAAAAAAAGUCUUCCCACAAAUACAUACUGAAUUUGACUGUACUUUGACUAGGCCAUUCUAUCUCAUAAAUAUGCUUUUACUUUAUGUUCAGGGUUUUUGUCAUGUUGGAACUUAAACCUCCUCCGCAGGUUUUAGCUUUAUCCGUCUUCCCAACGGCUUUUCUUUUCCCAUCAGAGAAACGUGUGCCCACAGCAUGACACAACCACUACCACUACGUUUCGCUGCAUAUUCAUUUUCAAUGCCUGGCAGAAUCUGAAUAGAUUCCAAAUGAACGAUGCGUUUGCAGGGAUCCCGUCCACUGGCACCAGAGAGACAAACCGCACCUGAUCAGAAACGCAGUCGGACGAGACGAGAAGAGACUCGAACUGAAUCUGAAUCGGCAACAAUGUGUUUUGUUGAUACUGUGAAACAUUCAUUGUUAUUCGUGUGGCACAUUGUUCUCAUUAAUGUUGUCGUGUGUUCUGCAUUUGAGGCUUUUAGCUGGACCUGGAGAGCAAUAGUUGUCCUGUUGUAUAUUUAUUAUUUAAUGAAUGUCAGAGAUAUUACGGGACCACGGCGUGAUGGGAGCAUGUGAACACAAACGUAUCGCUUCCUUCAGAUUAGUAGUUCAGCUUACAAAGUAUUUUUUCUACUAUAGACACUAUUAAACAAUUUGUUUUAAAUCUGCUGUAUUUUUAAGUGUGUAUCAUGUAUUACUGUGCAGCUAUACAUGCAAAUGAACCAAGAGAUAAUAAACCAAUGCAUGGCAGCAUAUUUUUGUACUAUGAUUUAUUAUUUUUGUUAUAUUUUUAUGUUAAAUGCUUGUUUGUUUGUUUUGAACAAAAAUAUCAGUCAGUUUGAAUGUUGCAUUUAUUUAUAUAUAAAAGCUUUACAGAUUUACACCUGUGGUUUUAUUUGUUCAGGUAAGCAAAGAGCAACUUCAACUGCUGUAAAUGUAAUGGUAUGGAAACAUCAUCUGAAAUAAAUAUAACAUUAUACGUGUG